AUGACUGCUAUCCCAUUUGGGCUGCAAGCUCUUUGGCGUUGCCUGGCAACCGCUCCUGUUUACCCCAGGCAGGUCCGUGUCCGACUGUCUCCACUUGCCGCUCCUGCUUUCUCUACCGGACCCAAGGGUAAGACAGUUCCUUCCUUUGGCAGAGACCUGGUAAACAACGGCAUCUGCAUCGACACUUUGCAAUUUCGACUUUCUUGCUUCAAUCAACAACCGACCAUCGACAACAGCCGCAACAACGACCACGACAACACGACGCCGCCGACAACAACAGCAACCACCACCGACCCGACGGGACGCACCCCUUUUCGCCAUCAACAACAUCAAUGGCCGCGCUUUCCUGAAUAUUGA